AUGGAAUUCAGAUACUCACAUUAUCUGGGAGAGCUGCACUCGGUGGGAUUUGAUGAAGAACUCUGCCUUAGUUAUGCUGAAAAGAUCAAUAUUCAAGAUCUCAAUGAGACUAGAUUGAUAAAAAGCUGUACCUCUGAUAGGAAUUCACAGACAAGCGAUUUUUGUAGUCUAAAUGAGUUAUCAGCCUCUAUUUGGAGUACAGACUUGACGAAUGUAGAGGAACCUAAUACUAGUAUCUCCACUACUACAUCAUAUAAUGACAAAUCUAAACUUGAAGAGAUGAAAAACAGCUGCACUUACUUUCGCGACAUACUUGAUAAUAGCCAGAAAUACUCCACUAAAAAAACAGAGAGCCAACCCAAGACUCAGUCCUUGGAGAGUAAUAGAUAUCACAACUCUGAUGAAAUUGGUCCGAAAAGUAUCAGAAAAGAGGAAGUUCCUAGCUCUCAUGAGGAGUUCAUAGAAUCUAUCAAGGAAUGGAAGUACUCAAAGAGAAGUGACACUAUGUUCAUUUCAAUGAACAGGAAGGUUGGACUCUCUUACUACCACAUGCUAAAUAAAGCUAACCCAGGAUUUAAACGUAAUUACAAAUUCAGGGAUAAGGACUACAGCAAGUUGAAGGAGGUAUAUGAUAAGGAAAUCCUUCCUUUCUUACGUGAUGGAACACCAGAGGCUGAUAACAAGAAUCAUGAUUUUGAAGCUUCUACAAUCACCUGAACUCUAUGCGAAGAUUGCUGAUGCUAAGAACCAAUCCCCAAAGAAGAGAUCUUCCAAGAAGGCAAAUGCCAAGACAAAAAAGAACAAAAGAUCCCCAAAGAGCUUAAGAAAGAAGGGCCAAGAAUAAAUAGCUAAUUGAUCACA